AAGCAUUGCGCAAGCACGCGAGCACCUGGAGUAGGAAAGCCGCACGCGCUGUUGGUGCAGACGCCCGGAAGCGAUGGCUGCGAAAGAUUCAAAUGACGCGAAGACGAACUCUGAAAUGGCGCACUCCCAGGAAUCGACGGCACCAGUGACCGACAUAUUCAGAGAUACGCCUGUUCGCUUGCUAGGCUAUGCAAAUGAAGUAGGAGAAGCUUUCCGGGCCCUAGUUCACGUCAAUGUCGUCCGCCUGUCCUAUGCAAUAGCAAGUGCCUAUGUCGUGGUUGACACCACCGACAAGGUUCUGAAGGCUGACAAGGUCAAGUGCCUGGACGCAAAAGCCCAUCAGAGGAAGCUGCUCAACACAGCCGUCGACACAUUGGUCUGGCAGGCCCUGGCCUCUGUCAUCAUACCUGGCUUCACAAUCAACAGGGUGUGCGCGCUGUCACUCUUUCUGCUCAAGCGUUACUCAAGCCUGUCACUGAACACCUGCAAGUGGACUACAACCGGUGUAGGUCUGAGCUGCAUACCGUUCAUCGUGUCACCCAUAGACCACGGUGUUCAUGUGCUCAUGGACAAGACGCUUCGUCAGUGGGUGCUCACAAAGGAGUCUUCCGAUUGACCAUUUGCGCAACUAGCGUCGAGUAAUACUUACUAGUUCAAAGAUCUGUUCAGUACGUUCAGAGAAUGGAAUAUAUGCAAAACCUCA